AUGAUAAGCGAAAGAAAGCGGAACAAAGGGUCUACAAAGAAGAUUGAAAUAAUAGCCAAGAGUGCACUUGGAGUACUUGUCCUCGGGCUAUAUGCAUGCGCAAUCAUACCCCCGAACCCAGACAUGCUGCAUGAAGAGCCACUGAGUAUACAAGGCGAGGUAGUCGGCUGUCCAGAGCGCAGAACCGUGUGUGAAGACCGCCUCCCGAACUCGAAACAAGCAGACAUGGGACCCGGCCUAAACACGUCUGCUGUGCAGCUAGACAGCUGUUUUGCAGACAGCCAUGUUUUUGUCCAAAAUACCCGAAUUGUGUCAAAAGAAAAAAAAGGGCUUCUUAAUGCAGCGCUGUACAAAAUGAAGAUAGCGGAAAAAGAGUGCGAAAAGGUGGCAAAAAGACUAGAAGAGCUAGAGUGCACUGUUUCUUCGGCACGCACCCUCUUCUUUCAGAGUAGAAAAAAGCUAAAGGCCCUUAAAAAGAAGUAUGCAGAGUCCAAUACUGCAUACGACUUAGCCUAUAAAGAAGCAGAUGCGCAGUACUCAAAAAUCGACACAUGCUACAAGCUACUUAAUGUUCCCGAGGUGCCAGGCGGCAUAGAUGAUGCAUACAACGCGAAAGUAAACAAGGUUAUUGCGCUAUGCAAAGAGACAAUUGAGUGUGCAGAAUGUGAAAAGACUAAAAGAAGCACAUCUGCCAAAUGCCCGGGGUCUGCAAAAGAGCAAGAAAAGAGAAACGCCUGCCCAGGAGACAGCCUAAUGAUAUGCUUAUCACAGGUUCUAGACGCUGAAAGAGAGCUGUAUCGCACAAUUAAGUGCAAUUUAGCGAUGUUUGGAAAAAUAUACUUCAAAGAAGAGCUGCUGCAUGCAGUGAGGAGCAGAGAGAUCGAGUACUUUGAAAAUACAGGGUAUAAGACCACCCGGUUGGAAGAGAUAGUGGAGCUGCAUAGAAAGCAUCUGAAGUGCUCGAAGAAAAGGAAUGAUGCUCUAGCUUGUGUGUACAGCUGCCAGAAAGACAUUGUAUCCGAAACAGAUAGGCUAUGCAAUGCGUAUAUAGCGUAUGAGAAAGGAAAAAGUGCGCAUGAAGAGCAGAAAAGAGUCUUUAGUGCAGUUAAGAGCUUGCUGUAUAAAGAAAAGGAGGAGUUGGAUGGGCACAUCCAAAUGCUGCAGCAAGAGGAAUAA